AUGUCCACCCUAAACAAUGGUUUGGACGCUUCGAAACCGUCCUCGCCGUCCCGACCAAGCAGUCGCCACCAGAUCAAGCGGUCCCUGACGGAGCUUGCAUCACCCGGGAAGCUUCAUCGUCGCCCGCACCUGCAUCGUCGACAAGAAAGCCAAUACGACGAGAAAGAGAAACCUCCACUGUCAUCGGCAAUCCUUGCUGCCCAAGCUCGACACUCCCUUGACAUACCGCCUUCGACGGGGACAACGCCGUUUAUGAGUCCGAGUCAGAGCCGACGCGCAAGCAUAUUGCUACCGAGGGAAAAUGGGGAUAGUGAAACCAAAGAGAAGAGGGAAGCCAAAGCCUUGUUGGAGCAGGAAAAGGCUUCCAUACGAGCCGAUGGGUUGAAACAAUCGCUAAUGGACUUGAACUCCUUCUCGACUACCAUGACGAAACGCCUAGAUGAUACAUACUACGCGGUUCUCGAAAAGAUGAGCACUCUCCAAAACACCGUCAUCGCACUCAAGGACCUUGCGGAAAACUCUCACGACAUAUGCGAAUCCUUCGACAAGGAUUCGCGAGACUUGGAAAGCGACAUUAUUUGUCAACUAAGUGCCGCCGGACACUUUGAAGAGCAGCAACGGAGGAUCUCUUCUCUGCAAAAACGGAUACACAGAGGUCGCGACAAGAUACAAACCCUCUCCUCGCGGGUUGACGUUGUGCAGAAGAGAGUGGAGCGGUGGGAGCAAGCAGACAGGCGAUGGCAGGAAAAGACGCGCAAAAGACUCAAGAUUAUAUGGUCCGUCACUACGGUGCUGGCUCUCAUUUUUAUUGCCUUUAUUGUGGGUAUCAAUUAUGCGCGUGUUGAUGGAGAGGGUGGUUUGCGGUGGAACGCGAGCAUGAGCCCGAAUAUACCGGCGUGGCUGAAUACGUCGAGUUCUAGACAUGGCGAGCAUGCGGAGGAGUCUGGGAGGAUGUUGCUGUGGAAAGCGCCGCUUAGAGAUGAGGAGCAGCUGCGGGCGUUUGAUGAAUUGUGA